CUCAAAUGCAAAAUGGCCGGAGAUUCUGGUAUACAGACUUGUUCUUCUCCUGAAAAUGCAGAUUCUAGAAAAAGACCACUGGAUACCGAUGUUGAAGACGGUACUACAAAGAAGUCAAAUUGUUCAUCAGGAAAUGAUGGGAUAUAUCAUUUUAAGAUAUUGGUUCCUAGUGUAGCAGCUGGUGCCAUUAUUGGGAAAGGUGGAGAAACAAUAGCACAAUUACAAAAGGAUACCAAUGCUCGGGUGAAAAUGUCUAAAGCGAAUGAUUUUUAUCCAGGAACAUCUGAAAGAGUUUGUCUUAUAUCGGGUAACAUAGAUUCUAUUAUGGAAGUUUUGGAUUUCAUUACAUUUAAAAUAAGGGAAAAACCAGAUUUAAAUUGUAAAGCAGGGGUUGAACAUGAUCUAAAAGGUGGUGAACGUGAAAAGCAGGUUAAAAUAUUAGUUCCAAAUAGUACUGCUGGAAUGAUUAUAGGAAAAGGAGGAAAGUACAUAAAACAAUUGAAAGAUGAGAGUGGAGCUUAUGUUCAGAUAUCACAGAAAGCAAAAGAUCAGUCUUUACAAGAACGAUGUAUUACAGUUAUGGGUGAUGUGAAUAACAACAAGAAAGCAUGUGCCAUGAUACUUACUAAAGUACAAGAAGAUCCUCAAAGUGGGAGCAGUUUAAAUGUAAGUUAUGCUGAUAUAACUGGACCUGUUGCAAAUUAUAAUCCUACAGGAUCCCCUUACGCUCAACCAUCAAGCCAGCAACAAUUCGCUCCUAGUUCUACUAUUGCAGCUUCAAUUCCAUGGGCUGGGUUAAAUGAUUCUGCAGGAUUGAAUGGCAUUACAUUGACAUUGAAUUUAGAACCGAACAAUACACCAAGUCAAGCUGUUGUAUCUCAAGUCAUUAGUGCCAUUACUGUUGCAUUGAAUAACACAGGUUAUACAGAAAAUGUGAAAGCUGAAAUAUCUAAUGCAAUAGCUACUUUGGGAAAGUACAGAAUGCUUGGAGUCACAUGGACAGGAAAUUCACCUACUCCAACUUAUGUAGGAAUGCAAGCAUUGGAAAGUGCUUCUAAUGGUUUCUUUGGACAGAUUGGUGGUACUGCUCGCAGUGUUAUUGAUUUGGCUUUAGAGCCAGUUAGACAUUUAACUUCAGGGCCAAACUCUCCUCCUCAUCUUAAUAACAGUGCUUUCAGCCUUGGUAAUCAUGAUUCUUCUGAUAAAAAUAAAGAUACCAGAAAGGUUGAAAUGGAGAUUGCUGAAGCAAUAGUUGGUGCCAUACUUGGUCAUGGAGGGCGAUCUUUAAUUGAAAUUCAACAUUCAAGUGGUGCUAUUAUUCAAAUAUCUAAGAAAGGUAUAUAUGCUCCUGGAACUCGAAAUAGAAUUGUGACUAUUACAGGUUCUGCAAAUUCAGUGUCCUUUGCACAAUAUCUGAUUGCACAAAAAAUAAAAGAUGUAGAAUUAAAGAGAACUCGACUAAGCCAACAUUUAAUGCUUCAUUAGAAAUUCAGUAGUGACAGACUAUAUGGAGUUAAUGACGAAUAACUUAAACAAAAGAACUGCUACUACAGAAUUUCAAACAAGGUUAUUUGAUCAUCAAAAAUUAAUUUAGUUUGUUGACAUAUCAGUUAAUUUAUUUUAGUAGAAACACUAAAAAAUAAAAAAAAAUAACACUUUAUGUGCAAAAUUAACAAUUUUGCAUUGUGUUUAUAUUAAAAUUAGAAACUAUAAACCACUCUUCAAUAGUGACUGACUUAAACUUAUCUCACUCAUCACACGAUUAAUAUAUUUUGCUCUUUGAUUAAUAUUAGUGUUUCAUGUUGUGUAUGGUGUGAUGCAUUUUUAAAAGUAUAUUAAUUGUUCUUUUUGGGUACUUCUUUUCACCAGAUACUCAAGGCAUUAUUAUGAAAAAAAAAAGUACUUUUCACCAAAAGAGAUUUCCAUUAUGUUUUAUUUUUCUUAAAAUGCUUUUUUUUUUUAUCAAUUCUUUUAAUUUUAUUAGAAAUAUUCUGAGUACAUAUUUUAAUCCAAGAGUUAUUUAAUAAUUCAAAAUUCACACAUUUCUUAUUAAAGAAAGUGUUGUGAAUGUCUACAUGUGUUCAUUUCUGGAUACUUUUAUGACUGAAUAUUCUUCUAUUGUUAGUUUGUGCAAUGUGUUCUUUAUUUGAAAUUAAGUCAUGAUAAUAUUCUAUUUAGUUCUGGCCUAUCAACAGGGUGUCUACUUUAAUUUAUAUUCUUAAAAUCAUUUAAGAAUACCAUUAAAGGCAUUUUUUUUGUUUUUUUAUGCUCAAAAAGUUUUUUUAGUGGUCUGAUUUAGGUAAUAACCUAUAAAAAUUUGAGUUUCUAUUGAUUUCAGAAGGUAUUUGAUUUUUGCUAUAUUUUUUUUAAUAAUACCUCCAUUUUUAUGGUUUAGUAUGUUAGUUAGUUGAAUGUUUAGUAUUGUACGAAUUAUGAAAAAUAGUUUUUAAUAGAUAUCAGUUGAUAAACAUGUUUAAUGUGCCUAACAUUUUUAGGUACUUCAUGACAAAAAGAUGUUAUAUACACACACAUAUAUGUAUAUAUAUAUAUAUGCCCUAUUGAAACUUUUUGGAAUUGUUCCAAAAAUAACCUGGAAAAGUCACAGAAUUCCAUCAAAAAAUGUUGAGGUAGACACCUUGUAUAAAGAUUUUUUCUUUCCCUGAAGUAAUUUUAUUUCAAUGGUGACGGAUUAAUUUGUUUUUCAUUGGAAUUUCGUAUUGGAAAAAUAUUAAAAAUUCUAUUGCUCAUUCUGUUACUACCAUUUUUCUAAUUUCUAUUUAUAAACAAUACUUUAAUUUUUUUUGGUAUGGUAUAUUUUUUUAGUAUAUUUAAUUAACAUCCAAGUUGUUAUUUAUCUCUUUUAGUAUACUUUCCCCCCUUAAUUUAUUGGUUUUAUUUAUUUCCACAUUCUGUUCGAUAAAAUUAUAACCUUCUGAUGUGUAAGUUAU